AUGGCAGUUUUAAGAUUUAAUAAAUUUGUCAAUUUAAUAAAUAAAUAUCAAUUUAUGAAAAAUUAUUCAUCUGCUUUAUAUAUACCUGGUAAUAAAGCAACAGAUACAUUUUCUUAUUUAACACCUUAUUUUGAUUAUGAAGAACGUUUUGCAAAUAUUGAAAAUUUAAAAAAAAAUAUGAAAUCACGUAAAUUAAAUGAUAACAUUGAUGAUUUAUCUAAAUCAUGGGAAUUUUAUAAAAAUAUUGAUAAUAAUCGUAAAUCAAUUGAAGAAAAAAGAGAAACAAUUGGUCAACAAAUGAAAGAUAUUAUGAAAAAUAAAACUUUAAAUGAAGAUGAUAAAAAAAUUAUUGAAGGACUUCGUUUACAAGGUAAAACACUUAAACAAGAUCUUAAAAGUAUAAAAGAAAUAAUAUGGGAUCUUGAAGAAACAAUUAUUCCACGUCUGCUAAAUUUACCAAAUGACAUUGAUGAAAAAACACCAGAAACAUUAGAAGUUGUAUUAAAAAGUUCUGGCCAAGUUUCCAAUGUUAACGAGUCAAACAAAAGUCAUUUAGAAAUUGGUAAAGAACUUGGUUUAAUCAAGUACAUAAAUCCUUUACAUGUUUAUCUUUUGAAUGAUGCUGCUCACUUUGAAUUAGCUACUAUAAAAUGGGCAAGUAAAGUUUUAAGUGACUCCAACAUGUUGAGAAUAACUGGUACUGAUUUUGCAAAAAGUCUAGUUGUCGAAGCAGCUUGUCUUGAUCAUGAAAAUCCAUAUGAUGCUUUUCAUUUAAAAAAUAAUGAAAACAAUAAAGGCAAAAUAUUAAAUCAACAACUUCAUUUAAUUGGUAAUGCAAGUCUUAUUUCAUUUUUAUCAAUGCAUACUAAACAAUUGAUAAAUCCAAAAUGUUUUCCACUCAAGUAUUUUUCAACUGGUAGACAGUACAUUCCAAUUGUCGAAAAUUCAUCAUGUAUCGGUUUAUUUGGAAGUUGUCAAACAUCAGCAAUUCAAAGUUUUGUAAUGGUACAAAAAAAAACAUCACCACAACAUCAAGAUGAAUUUGAAAAUAUGAUAAAUAAUGCUACAAAUAUUUAUGAACAAUUAGAAAUUCCAUAUCGUAUUGUAUUGAGAUCAGCAGAUCAAUUAAAAAAUUGGGAAUCAUUGAGAGUUUCAUUUGAAAUUUGGUCAAAUUAUUAUAAUAAUUAUAUUGAAACUGGACAUUUAUCAAUUUGUGGUGAUUUUUUUUCAAAACGUUUAUUAAUUGCUUAUCAAACACCAACUGGACGUGAUUAUCCAGCAAUUAUAACUGGUACUGUUUUGUCUGUAAAUAGAUUAUUAGCAUGUCUAAUUGAACAAAGUAAAGAUCAACUUUUUAUUCCAAAAUGUAUCAAACAACAUAUGACAAUUUAA